AUGGACGACUUCGAGGAGCUCGAGCUCCUGUCGCUCGUUUCCAAGGUCACGUCCGAAUUACAAAAUCAUCUCGGCAUUUCGGAAAAGGUCUUGGCCGAGUUCAUCAUUGCGCAGCGGCUAGAAUGCAACACCAUUGAAGAGUUCAAACAGAGGCUGGCCGGCAUGGGAGGUGCGAAAUGGCCAGACAGUCUAUUCGACAGUGUAGAUCGGCUGGUGCGGACCAUGCAUCCAAAGUUCAAGUCUGGGUCGAAUGCAGCGAACGGAGCCUACGCCGACGAGUCUUCACAUCGAUCGAAAGAGGAAAAGCAGGGCUUGUUUCGAGGUCUGGCCAUUCCCGACAAGCAGGUGCCCUCAGACUACGAGGAUGGAGACGCCAUCGAUGAUACACUCGCACAGCUGGAAGACCUUGCGCCGAAGCCUUCCAAGCCCCGCGCGGAGCCAUCGAGUAGGAAACGCAGCUGGAGCCCAGAGGAUGAAGAUUCGCGCCAUCGUCGGAAAGAGAGGCGCAGGUCGCGCGACAGAAGAGACCGGGACUAUGACGACGACUACGAAAAACCGCAUCGGAAACACAGAAGCAGGAGGGAUGAAUACGAACGCGGGCGAAGAGAUGACGACAUGUUCAAAAGACCUCCCGAACCCGAGGUGGACGACGCGCCUGUUUUAUAUAAAAUCUACGAUGGUCAUGUCACUGGUAUCAAGGACUUUGGUGCAUUUGUCAAUCUGCAUGGGGUUCGCGGAAAGGUUGACGGUAUGGUUCACAUAUCCAAUCUGGUACAGGGACAGCGCGUCAACCACCCAUCGGAUCUGCUCACAAGAGGACAAGAUGUCAAGGUCAAAGUGACAAAGAUCGAGGGCGGUCGCAUAGGGCUAUCUAUGAAAGAUGUGGAUCAGGAAUCUGGCCAUGAUCUUAUGCCCCAAGCAAGAAUUACCUCGGGUGCAAACAUGGAGAGUCUCGGAGGCGGUCGCAACGGCUUUUCCGAAGAUAAUACUGCGGCACUUUCAGCUUACGCUGCGCAACCCCGUCGCCAGAAGAAACGAAUGACCUCGCCAGAGCGGUGGGAAAUUCGACAGCUUAUUGCAUCUGGAGUUGCCAAGGCUUCAGAUUACCCCGAUCUAGAAGAAGACUACAAUGCAGCCCUCAAGGGCGAGAGCCAAAUGGAACUCGAGGAAGAGGUCGAUAUUGAAGUGAGAGAAGACGAACCUCCAUUCCUUGUUGGUCAAACCAAACAGUCACUGGAGCUUUCGCCCAUCAGAGUCGUCAAGGCACCAGAUGGCUCUCUCAACCGUGCAGCAAUGUCUGGGACGAAUCUAGCGAAAGAGAGGAAAGAGUUGAAGAGAGAGGAGCAAGAUGCAGCCGCCGCCGAGGCUGAGGCAGAGUCCAGGUCAGAUCUGGCGUCCCAAUGGAACGACCCAAUGGCGAAUCCAGAAUCGCGGCAGUUUGCCAACGAUCUGAGGAAUGCCAGAAUGAAUGCCUCCAAACCCCCGGCUGGACAAUUGGAAUGGCAAAAAACUCUACGCAAAGAUGAACCGCGUGGCAAGCGUACAAAUAUGAGUAUCAAGGAGCAAAGGGAGUCUCUUCCAGUUUUUCAGUUCCGGAACCAGCUUAUCAAGGCCGUCUGGGAGAACCAGAUUCUUGUCGUUGUUGGUGAAACUGGUUCGGGUAAGACGACACAGCUUACACAGUAUCUUGCCGAAGCUGGCUUCACCAAAGAUGGCAUGAUUGGCUGUACGCAGCCUCGUCGUGUAGCGGCCAUGUCUGUGGCCAAGCGUGUCUCGGAGGAAGUUGGAUGCGAACUAGGUGAAGAAGUCGGGUACACCGUUCGUUUUGAUGACAAGACGACCCCAAAUACGCAGAUCAAGUACAUGACCGACGGUAUGCUCCAGCGUGAGAUCUUGUUGGAUCCCAACUUGGAACGAUAUUCUGUCAUCAUGCUGGACGAGGCUCACGAAAGAACGAUUGCAACUGAUAUUCUUUUCGCUCUACUGAAGAAGACCUGCAAACACCGACCGGAGCUCAAAAUUAUCGUUACUUCGGCAACCUUGGAUGCAGACAAGUUCUCUUCCUAUUUCAACGAAUGUCCCAUUUUUACCAUUCCCGGACGAACGUUCCCUGUGGAGAUUCUGUACUCGCGAGAGCCCGAAUCGGAUUACCUCGAUGCUGCCUUGGUUACGGUCAUGCAAAUUCAUCUUACUGAGCCACCGGGUGAUAUCCUCCUCUUCUUGACCGGCAAAGAAGAGAUCGAUACAAGCUGUGAGAUCUUGUACGAACGCAUGAAAGCCCUGGGACCAAAUGUUCCCAAUCUCAAUAUCCUGCCAGUCUACUCGGCACUGCCCAACGACCAGCAGAGUCGUAUUUUUGAGCCAGCACCACCAGGAGAGCGCAAGGUGGUUAUCGCAACCAACAUCGCCGAAACAUCAAUCACCAUCGACUUUAUCUACUAUGUUGUUGAUCCUGGUUUCGUCAAGCAGAACGCCUACGAUCCGAAGCUAGGAAUGGAUGCUUUGGUGGUUACCCCUAUUUCCCAGGCACAAGCCAAUCAACGAGCUGGUCGUGCUGGACGAACAGGUCCCGGAAAGUGCUUUAGGUUAUAUACCGAAGCAGCUUAUCAGUCUGAAAUGCUGCCCACAACUGUGCCCGAGAUUCAGAGACAGAAUCUCUCCAACACUAUUUUGAUGUUGAAAGCCAUGGGUAUCAACGACCUCUUGAAUUUUGAUUUCAUGGAUCCUCCGCCGACGAACACCAUGCUUACAGCUCUGGAAGAGCUUUACGCGCUCUCAGCUCUGGACGACGAAGGCUUACUUACUCGUCUCGGCCGGAAGAUGGCUGAUUUCCCCAUGGACCCGGCACUCUCCAAGGUUCUCAUAGCAUCCGUUGACCUUGAAUGCUCUGACGAAAUGCUUAGCAUCAUCGCCAUGCUCAAUGUGCCGACUGUCUUCCAUCGGCCCAAGGAGAAGCAGCAGCAAGCAGAUCAGAAGAAAUCCAAAUUUCACGACCCAUCCGGUGACCACCUCACGCUGCUCAACGUCUACAACGCAUGGAAAAAUUCCGGCUACUCUAACCCAUGGUGCUUUGAGAAUUUUAUCCAGGCACGUGCAAUGCGGCAUGCUCUAGAUGUUCGAAAGCAAAUUGUACAGAUCAUGGGACGGCACCGGCAUCAGAUUUCCUCCUGCGGACGCGACACGACGAAGGUACGGCGCGCUCUUUGUGCUGGAUUCUUCCGAAACUCGGCACGGAAGGAUCCCCAAGAGGGCUACAAGACCCUCAUUGAGGGUACGCCGGUCUACUUGCACCCAUCGUCUGCGCUUUUUGGGAAGCAGGCCGAAUGGGUUGUCUACCAUACUCUGGUCAUGACUUCUAAGGAGUACAUGACACAAACCACGACGAUUGAGCCGAAAUGGCUGGUAGAGGCGGCGCCAACAUUUUUCAAGGUCGCGCCUACAGAUCGCCUCAGCAAGAGGAAGAAGGCCGAACGUAUCCAGCCUCUAUACAAUAAAUUUGCCGGCGAAGACGACUGGAGACUCAGCGCUCAAAGAAAGGGUGGCAGAGGCGGUGGUGGCGGUGGUACUUGGGGUUAA